AUGCAAGCAACUGAAGGGUAUAGUGAAAGCCAUUUAUCUGGGAGUGUUGGCUCUGUCUAUAGAGGGACUCUUAAUAAUGGAAGGGAUGUGGCAGUGAAGGUGUUCAAUUUGCAACACCAAAAUGCAUUCAAGAGUUUUGAUGUAGAAUGUGAUGUCUUGCGCAGCCUUCGGCAUCGAAAUUUGUGCAAAGUCAUUAGUACUUGCUUCAGUCCAGAUUUCAAGGCCUUGGUUCUCGAGUACAUGUCUAAUGGAAGCCUGGAGAAUAUGAAACCAAGCAGCGAAAAUUUUUCUGGGGAAUUAAGCCAGAGGAGCUGGAUAAAUGAUUCUAUGCCCAAUGCUAUUACUCAAAUUAUAGAUUCGAACUUGUUGGUUCCAGAAGAAGAAUAUUACACAGAAAAGUUGAAAUGUUUAUCAUCUAUAAUGGAACUAGCUUUAAAUUGCUCCAUGGAAAGUGCAAAUGAGAAGAUGAAUAUGAAAGAAGAAGUCGUAGCAUUGAAGAAGAUCAGAUAUGAGAUCCUGGCAUAUUACCCGAAUACAAAAGGGCAGCCUUAA